ACUCCCAGCAGCUCUGCACGUCCCCUCGGCAGCAGUAGCAGCACCUCGAUCCACGCCGUCCUGUACAGCCCACCGCCCGCUCGUGGCUGCGAAACACUGAAAGCACCCAAGCAACCUCACCCCCCGUCAAUCGCCAACGCAAAUGGAGAAGGCAGCUGCGUCUAUCACUAUACCUGAUCAACGCCAUCGGCAGGCUGUCAAGAUCGAGGCUGGGUCCUCGCCGUCCUCCCUGUCGUCGUACUCCAGCUCGCCGAGCUCCCCAGAGCCGUCUCCCCAAUCGCCGUCUCGGACAGCCCAAAAGCAGAAGCUGCUGCACGCUCGGCGGCCGAGUUUAUUGAGCUCGGCAUUUACCCAGCAAGAAUGUACUACAAUUAAAAUUGGGGACGAUCCCGAAGGGCCCAUCCGGCUCGUUACCUACCUCUCUUCCGCCCAAGGCUUUGUCUGGAACCCUGAGAUCUUCGUCCCCUCAUAUUGUGACCACGACUACGUGCCACUCGAACAGCGUCGCGACCCCGUGCACGAGAUCCACCUAAGCGACGACGAUAUCAAGAAGAUCCUCCCGCAAUAGACGCAAGACCCAUUACAUAAGGCCGGUACGAUCUUGACGGCAGAUCCGUGUACAAGAGCAGUAUCUAGUUGCGGGAUCGUUU